GAUAUAAAAUUUAACUUCCGUCGAUCGUCUGAUUUAUAAUGUUGUCAAACUGUGCGUGCGUGCAGUAGCAGAAGUAGCAGCAGCAGCAGCAGCAGCAAACACUUGUAACUUGCAAAAUUUUUGACGUGACUCUUUGGCUUUAAUCAUGAGUAGGAAAAACAAAUCCGCGACAGGUUUGGGUCGUUCCUUGAUUAAAGACAGGUUUGGGAGUACCAAAGGAAGAAGAGGUGGUGAUGUCUCAAUGCUGCACACAACAGAAAUUGAUGAUGGGUAUGACUGGGGUCGUUUAAAUCUUCAGUCAGUCACCGAAGAGAGCUCCUUUCAAGAGUUCCUGUCCACAGCUGAACUUGCCAACACAGAAUUCCAAGCUGAGAAAUUGAACAUAACAUUUGUGAAUCCCCUGACCAAUGUUGGGCUUCUUAGUAAAGAUGAGAGAGAGGCUGUUGAAAAGAGUCAUUUGGAACAUGAAGGAGAUCUCCAGAUUCCUCGACGGCCCAAAUGGACAGAAACCACCACACCAGAGGAGCUCGAUCUUUUAGAAAAGGAAGGGUUCUUGGAAUGGAGGCGCCGUCUUGCACUAUUGCAGGAGUCUAAGGGACUAAUUCUGACCCCAUAUGAAAAAAACCUGGAGUUUUGGAGACAGCUUUGGAGAGUUGUUGAGCGCAGUGAUGUCAUUGUUCAAAUUGUGGACGCGAGAAACCCUUUACUUUUUCGCUGUAAAGAUCUUGAAGCUUAUGCUAAAGAGGUAUCACCCCAUAAGGAUAAUCUUAUCUUAAUUAACAAAGCAGACUUUUUGACUGAAAAGCAAAGGCAAUAUUGGGCUGAUUAUUUCACUUCACUAUCUGUUCGAGCUGCAUUUUUCAGUGCUACCCUCGCCUCUGAAGAAGACAACAAGGAAACUGAAUCAGCCGAAUCAAGUAAUGAUGAUAGCAGUGAAACAGAGAGUGAGGAGGAGGAAGCUUCUGCAAGAGUGACAGACACAGGACCGAACAGCUCUGCUGACAGUGAAGACUUAUCUGUGAAUCAUUUAAAACAACAUGGAUUGCUCAAAGAACAAGAUGCCCCCAUCAAAGGCAAUAAUGAUAAACGGCCUGAUAAACUAGAAGAUUCCGAUUCCAGUCAGAAUUCUGCAAAGCUUCUCUCCCGAAAGGACCUAAUUUCCUUUUUGAAGACUGUCCACCAAGGGAAAAGAGUUACUCAGAAUGUGGUUACUAUUGGCUUAGUUGGAUACCCCAACGUUGGUAAGAGUUCAACUAUAAAUUCUCUUUUGGCAGAAAAAAAAGUAUCUGUAUCUGCAACACCAGGAAAAACAAAACAUUUCCAGACUUUGUAUUUAGAUGAGGAUAUUUUGCUAUGCGAUUGUCCUGGACUGGUUAUGCCAAGUUUUGUGGCUACCCGAGCUGAAAUGGUUCUCAAUGGCAUUCUCCCCAUUGACCAGCUUAGAGAUCAUGUGGAACCCGUGAAUUUGUUGUCGUCUUUAAUACCUCGUCAUGUCCUUGAAGACUGCUACAGUAUCAUGAUUCCACCUCCCCUGGAAGGGGAGGAUCCUUCAAGACCACCUACAUCUCAGGAGCUGCUAAAUGCUUUUGGCUUAAGCAGAGGAUUUAUGACACACAAAGGUCUCCCAGACAAUCCUCGUUCGGCAAGAAUCAUUCUGAAAGACUUUGUUAAUGGGAAAUUGCUUUACUGUAAUGCCCCUCCUGUAAUUGAACAGUCGGAUUAUCAUAGCUUUCCUCCUAGGCAACGUCCAACUAAACACUCAUCCAAAACUAUUACUCCUCAAAGCACCAAAGUAAUGAGGCCGAACAAAGAAACUUCAGAAGAUCUGGAUAAUGCUUUUUUCCUUAAAGCAAAUUUGGGAUCACACUUGAAAGGUCGUCGGCUUAUUCCAACUGGCAGUAAAGCAAGUGAUGAACUGAACAGUGAUAAGUCAUGGAAAAAGCACAAUAAGCGUAAUAAGAAAGAAAAGCUCCGACGUUUGUAUGGGCAUCUUGAUGCUUGACAUACUGCUUGUAGAACAAUAACUUUUCCAGGUGGAGCAAAGAACGCCUUGCUUUUACAUUGCUAACUGCGUGGUGUGCUGAAAUAGGGACUUUCUGUAAAUAGUUGUAUCCUGAUUGUUGUUGGUAAUAAUAAUUUGAUCCCAUCAAUGCAUUAUCAUUA